AUGUAUUUCACCCAGGACUGGAGCUACUUGUGGCUUCUCAACGCAUUGAUCGCCUUCAUUCCAAGCAGUUAUGCGGCUCAGCAGCAGCCGUUGCAGCUAGCUACAAAUGACGUCUCCAAGCGGGUCGCUAUCAUCGGAGCUGGAGCUGGAGGCUCCUUCGCAGCCUACGAAUUGCGUAAGCUUGCAGAUGAGGCUGGCAUCCCUCUCAACGUCACUAUCUAUGAGCGAGCCUCGUAUAUCGGCGGUCGCUCAACUACAGUCGAUGCAUUUGACGACCCAGCCUAUCCAAUCGAACUAGGCGCUUCCAUAUUCGUCCAAGUCAACGAAAUCCUCGUGAAUGCAUCACGCGAUCUCGGCCUUGGUGUACGCAGCGCUGACUACGCUCGUCCCAGGGAAGCCGAGGAAUCUAUCGGUAUCUGGGAUGGAAAGCAGUUUGUCUUCACACUCAAGAAUGGCUAUAGCUGGUGGAAUAUUGGUCGGCUCUUUUGGAGAUAUGGUCUUGCGCCGCUCUACACACAGAACUUGAUGAAGAAUAUCGUGGGCAGGUUUCUGCGUCUUUACGAGGAACCGAUUUUCCCGUUUCAGUCACUUUCCGAGGCUGCGGCAGAGAUUGAUCUGUUGGGUGCAACUUCGACACCUGGAGACCGAUUUCUUGAUGGCAACGGCAUUGGGCAGCUGUUUUCUCGGGAGAUCAUCCAGGCGAGCACCCGUGUUAAUUAUGGCCAGAACUUGGCAGUCAUUCACGGCUUGGAGUCGAUGGUUUGCAUGGCCACGGAUGGGGCAGUGUCAAUCGAUGGUGGGAAUUGGCAGAUAUUUGACGGUGCGGCCAGGGCUUCCAGGGCAGAUGUGCGGUUGAACACAACUGUGACAGCAAUAGAGCGGAAGGACGAUGGUACAGUUCGAAUUAUCUCGCACCCGACAGGGGACUUGGACUCAGUGCAGUCAUAUGAAGAUGCGGAGUACGACGACGUUAUUAUUGCAGGACCGCUGCAGUAUUCUGGCAUCUCGAUAUCUCCCCCAUUGGACCAUAUCCCUGACGAAAUUCCUUACGUUAAAUUGCAUGUUACACUCUUCUCGACUCCUCACCGCAUCUCACCGUCAUACUUCGGUCUUGAUGGGAACAAUGCCCGUACCCCAGAGUCGAUUUUAACCACUCACCCGGAGGGCGACUGGCCCAGCGAUGACCCAUCAGGAGUCGGCCCAGCUGGAUUCUGGAGCAUCAGCACACUGCGCACAGUGACUCGAACAGUCGCGAAGGAUGGCGAAGAAUUUCCCGAGCAACAUUACGUGUAUAAGAUCUUCUCACCUGAGCGGCCGUCCGCUAAAAUCAUCGCUCAAGUAUUCGACAUCGAAUAUAAUGACACCAGCUCAGUAGUUGUUCCACGCACUAACACGAGCAUCGGUGACCUCCCGAAGACUGAGAUCAGCUGGUUCCACGAGAAGGUCUGGAAUCCGUAUCCAGUGUUGUACCCCCGAGUGACGUUUGAGGAAACUCUUUUGGCCCCGAAAGUGUGGUACACAAGUGGGAUCGAGAGCUUUAUCUCCACCAUGGAGACAAGUGCACUCAUGGGUCGGAACGUGGCGGCACUUAUGCUGCAGUCGUGGCAGAGGCAAACUGAGCAGGGCAGUGGUGUCAAUACUGCAUCCUUCAAGCCGAGGACUGAACUGUGA